AAAUUGAACAGGUGUUCCUAAUAAUCCUUUAGGUGAGUGUAUCUACAUCCUGACUAUAUAAAAUUCAACAGUUUUGAAACGUUUUAGACUGAACCUUAAGCUGCUCUGGUUUGUAUGAUGAAGGUUCACUGAAAGGAACUCAUUUUUCACAACAAUCUGUCAGACUGCAAGUCAGACUGCAAGAGUCAAAGACAAGUCAAUAGAAUUGCACAGAUUGUUAUUAAAAUGUAUGUAAAAUGUGAAAGACGGUUAUACUACAUUAGCAGAGGAUGUCAGGUUGUACUUGAGAAAAUGAAAAGAUUAAGUUAUCUCCACUUCCAGUUUCAAUACUCUUUUUGAACUUUUUAGGGGAAGUAGCAAAAAGUUUUGUGGUUUAAUGGUUUGGCCUUUGUUAAAUUCACACACACACCCUCACACAGCACAGCCUGUCUUAAAGGAGCAGAGUUACAGCACACUGAUGACUACCAAUGAGCAAAGUGAGGAGACCAUGAAGAAUACAGCUUAUGCAGUGGUAUUUGGGGGUGUCUUGGCGGUGGGUUUGCCGCUUAACGCCGUGGCACUCUGGGUUCUCGUCUGCCGGCACCGCCUCAAGUCCUCCAGCUCCGUCUUCAUGAGCCACCUGGCACUCUCGGACAUUCUGCUGGUUCUCUCCCUUCCCACCCGGGUCUACUUCUUCGCCACAGGCAACUGGCCUCUUAGCAUGCACGCCUGUGUCAUCGCCACUAUGCUGUUUCGCAACAAUAUUCGCUCCAGUUCGUUUUUUAUCACCUUCAUCAGCCUAGACAGGCUGCUAGCCGUGGUCUAUCCGCUUCGGUCUCGCCACCUGCGAACAUCUGCCAACGCCUGGAAGACCAGCAUCGUCACUUGGAUCUUGAUUGUGUCAUUGAACAUCCCCGAGAGCAUCAACUACUUGAAAUCUAUGACGAAGGACCAAACCAUUAACAACACUAACAGCACUAACACCAUUAACAUCACUAACACCACUAACACCACUAACACCCCUAAUUGCUUCAUAUUUAAUGGACAUAAUUGUCCCUAUAUUGCGUAUGUCCAGUCUGGGGUGAUCUUUGCCCUGCUCGGGGUCAACAUGGCCUCCACUGCAAUGGUGUCCAGGAUAUUACACAGUCAUCUGAGUAAUGCUGCCCUGGUCAAGAACAAGAUAAAUGUCAUGCUGAUCUUUGCCAUGAACUUGUUAAUGUUUAUUGUCUUCUUCCUGCCGUUCUCCAUUGUUUUAAUGCUCGGAGUUGAUCCCAAAACCGCCAUCUGUCUGGCCAGCGUCAACUGUUGCGUGGAUCCCUUGUUGUACUACUUCUCAUUAGAUGCAUUCUGGAAAAAGAAAGAAGGUUCUGAUGUGGAGAUUUCUUUGGCCAGAUCAAAUGAAAAUAAACUAGAGUUAAGGACACAGUGAGUAAAAAAAAUGUAAGUUACUAAAAAAAGAGGAAAAACAUCCCUAAAAUAUGUGCUGUAAUGUAGUAAGAGGUGGCUACAGCUACUUGGUUUGAAAUACGUAUUCAGUUACCUCUGAGUAUUAGGUCAUCACAAAUAAAUAUAUAUUUUAAAUGUUUUAAGCUACCCUGAGCUGCAUUGUCUGUUGGGAGGGGGUUCUUUGGGUCAGGGUAGUGGAGCAGUGGGAUUAAUUACGUUUCUGAACUCUUUAAGUUGUAUUUUUGGCAUGUUUCUUGGUUAUUUAUUUCUUGGAUUUGAUCUUAAAUGUUCAAAUAUAUAAAGAAAUGU